GCCGCCAUGACCAAGCUGGGGCAGUGGCUGUGCGGACUCGCGCUGCUGGGCUCCGCCUGGGCCGCGCUGGCGCUGGCGCCGCCGGGGCUGCGGUUACCGGCGCCGUUCCGCCAGGCCCUGCUGCCGCUGCCCGUCUACCUGCUGGUGGCCUUCGGCUGCUACUCCCUGGCCACCGUGGGCUUCCGCCUCGCCACCUUCAACGACUGCGAGGAGGCGGCGGCCGAGCUGCGGGAGCACAUCCGGGCGGCGCGGGCAGACCUGGCCCGGCGCGGCCUCCGCUUCUGAGCCCAAUAAACGGCGCGGACCGGGGGGUCCCGGGGUCCGGUGCGC